GGUAUAUAUAAAUUUGCAGCGACAAGGCUAAGGUUGCCGGAGACAGAACCUGAGAAAAUGGACAGCAAUUCCUCUGCAAAAACAAUAAUACUCCCAGAUGGCGCUGGGGUGGUGUGGGAGCAAGCAAAGGCAGUGUUAAUGGUGCCAUUGCUAAGAGCUAUGGUGUGGGCAUGCUUGGCAAUGUUGAUCAUGACGCUGGCGGAGAAACUCUACUUGGGCGCGGUGGUUGCUUACCUGAAACUUUUCCGGCGAAGGCCGGAGAAGCGGUACAAGUGGGAGGCUAUGAAGAAGGAAAAUGAUUUAGAGCUUGGGGACUCGGCUUACCCCAUGGUUCUAGUUCAACUCCCAAUGUGCAAUGAGAAGAAGGUAUAUCAACUGUCCAUUGGAGCUGCCUGCAGCCUUUCAUGGCCGGCGGAUCGAAUUAUAAUUCAAGUUCUUGAUGAUUCAAGUGAUCCUACAAUCAAGGAAUUGGUCCAAGAAGAGUGCAGGAGAUGGGUAGGGAAAGGAGUGAACAUAAAGUGUGAGAGUAGAGAGAACAGAAAAGGAUUCAAAGCAGGAGCUCUCAAGGAAGGAAUGACGCACAACUAUGUAAAGCUGUGUGAAUAUGUUGUCAUCUUUGAUGCUGAUUUCCAACCGGACCCCGACUUUUUGUACCGCACCAUCCCUUACCUCGUACAUAAUCCUAACCUCGCCCUCGUUCAAGCUAGCUGGAAAUUUGUCAACUCUGACGAGUGCAUGUUAACAAGAAUGCAAGAAAUGUCAAUGGAUUACCAUUUCACAGUGGAGCAAGAAGUUGGGUCUGCAGUCCAUGCAUUUUUUGGUUUUAAUGGAACAGCAGGUGUAUGGAGAAUAGCAGCAUUGAAUGAUGCAGGAGGAUGGAAAGAGCGUACGACAGUGGAAGACAUGGAUCUGGGUUGCCGAGCUGGUAUUAAAGGCUGGAAAUUUGUGUUUCUUGGUGAUGUCAAGGUAAACACUAAAUUGCCCGCAACUGUUUUGAUCCCACAAGUCCAAGUUCCCAUUUGGGGAGCUGUUUACGUCCCUUUAACUGUGGCUAUUCUCAGUGUUCUUCCCACCCCCAGAUCAUUCCAUUUGGUGGUUUUAUGGAUGCUUUUUGAGAAUGUUAUGUCCCUUCACCGGACUAUUGCAACGUUCAUCGGCCUUCUUGAAGUCGGGAGAGUCCACGAAUGGGUUAUCACCGAGAAGCUUGGCAAUGCCCUCAAGGCUAAAACGGGGUCUAAAGCUUUAAAGAAGCUUCCUCGUUUUAGAAUUGGAGAAAGGUUGCAUUUGUUGGAGAUCAUUGUUGGAUUCUACCUCCUCUUUUGUGGGUGGUACAACUUUUGUUUUGGAGACAACUAUUAUUUUGUAUAUUUGUUUCUCCAAGGAUUGUCAUUCUUAGUCAUAGGAUUUGGCUACGUUGGUGCAUUUGUCACAACUUCUUAGCUCAGGUUUGGGAGAUUGAGAACUUGUUUUGGGAGGAUGAUUUGAUUGUUAAAACACAUGUCCUUUUAUUUGGCAAUUUUAUUUUAAAAUUCAAAAAUAUGAAUAUAUUAUCAUUCUUGUUUUUUUUU